AUGUGCUGUAAUUCCUGGGGCUUCUUCACCAGGCUGGUUGUGCUUGAUGGCAGCUCCCUGAGCCAGUGGGUGCACGCGUGUGACGCGCUGGAUCUGCCGAUGCUGCAGCGGGAGGAGCUGGACGCCUUCAUCGACCAGCUCUACAAGGACAUCGAGAAGGAGUCUGGAGAGUUCCUCAACUGCGAGGGAUCAGGGCUCUACGUGCUCCAGAGCUGCUGUAACCACAGCUGCAUCCCCAAUGCCGAGACAUCCUUCCCAGAAAACAACUUCCUCCUGCAUCUCACUGCUCUGGAGGACAUCGAAGCAGGAGAGGAAAUCUGCAUCAGUUACUUAGACUGCUGUCAGAGGGAGCGGAGCAGACACAGCCGCAACAAGAUACUCAGGGAGAACUACUUGUUUACCUGCUCGUGUCCCAAGUGCCUGGCGCAAGCCGACGACGCCGACGUGACGUCGGACGAAGACGAGGAGGGCGAGGGAGAGACGGACGAUGCCGAGCUGGAGGAUGAGAUGACCGACGUUUGAUCCUGGCAAGAGGACAGGGAAGGGAAGGGACGGGAAGGGAAGGGACUGGGGGUUCCUCCCAGAGGCAGCAGCUUUCAUCCAAGGAACAGGGUUGUGUUGUGGGGUCGGGUGGGCGGCCGGGCGGAGGUGCCGGAGUGGGGCAGCCGGAGGCAGGUCCUGCUCCCGCCUGUCCGUGUUGUCCCUGCGUGUGUGCGUGAGGCUGUCCCCGUCCUCCCUGUGAGGACAAGCUGUGAGCUGGUGUCCCUCUGCCACAUCCUGCUUCCCGGAGGGGCUGGCUGGUGCUUGCAGAGGAAGCUGGAAGAGAGCAGGGUCCAGCCAGCCCCUCCUUGUGGCCACCUGCGAGGCUGCUCCGUGUCUGUGCCGGCCGUGGAUGCGGAGGAGCUUGUCCUUCCCACCCCGCAGGGAUGAGGGAAUGUGUGUGUGUGUGUGUGUGUGUGUGUGUUUGUGCACGAGGGGAACUAUUUAAUGUCUAUAUAAGCACUAUCUACGCACUACGGAGCCGAGGUCCUUAUGUAUCCUCCAUUCCAUGCCUUGGUGAGCAGUGAGGGGAUUUUGCAGGGACAGGGACACCUUAGAGGGGGGCUCAGAUCCUGAGUCCAGUGGGGAGAGCAGAGCCGAUCCUGCAGGCACCUCCUUCCUGACUCAGCCCGUCCUUCCAACAACACAGCCCCAAGCAGUGAUUCCAGGACCAUCUGGGGAUGGAGAAUGGCCAGAGCAUCCCAGCAUCCCAGAGCUGACACGUGGUGUCAUCCAAAACCCCAAAGACAUUGGGAGCUGUCCCUCUGUCCGGCAGUGGGACGAGGAUGUGCCCGAGCGGGAGCUGCUGUGCGCUUCCCCACCCUGAAUUCCCACAUGGAGACAUCCCAGCACUGAGUGGCCCCAUCCAGAGAUGUCCUGGCACCGAGUGGCCCCACGUGGAUGUCCCCUUGUCACCCAUCCCACGCUGCCACCGACGAGGCCACGCCACGUGCUGCAGUGUCCCUGUCUGCGGACAACACGGCUCCCGGCGAUGGACAGGCAGCAGGCUGGGGGUGCGCUCCGGGGUUAUUCCCUCCCCUCAUGGAUUUUGGGGAGCUGUUUUCCCACCGCUGUGUCCGUGGCAGCUGGCUUGUGGGACUGAGGGUGACACACCCCUGACACUGCCAUCACCGCCAGCCCUGACCCCGCUGCUUGUCCCCAACCGUCCCGGGGCCGCAUCCCCUUCAGUGUUCGUAAUAAACCGAGACUGGUGA